GGCGUCCAGGCUGCGCGUCGUCGCCUGGGUGCUGUGCAGGUCGAUCGUCUUGUUUUUAAAUAUUUUCAGAAGGCAUCUGGUUGGCACCAUGAAACCGGGAAAAAUAGGCUACAAAAUUUUGAUUUCGUGUAAUUUAAGGGAGUUUAAAAUUAAAAUAUUAAUUUAGUGGAUGAACCUUUAGGCUGUAUUUAUAAAUUGUGCCACGCGUCGAACUAUUUUCUCAUUUCAUUGCAAACAAUAUAUAAAAACUUCUUUACAAUGCCAGAAAGAUGGUUAUUUUGCAUUCUUUUUGUUACAAUAACGAGCCGUGCAAUUGAAAGCACAGCUAAAGUAAGUCCAAAGAGAAGUUUAGUGUGGGGUCCUGGUCUGGAUGCAAACAAAGUACUUCCAGCUCGCUAUUUCUAUAUUCAGGCUGUUGCAGAAGACAAUGUCAACUUUACUUCUUCACCAGGUGAAAACACAUUUACAGUGAACAUUAAUUCCCCGGGUGAGGAAUUCACACGCAUUUGGGUGCAAGUUUUGGACCGGAAGGAUGGAUCUUUCCUUGUCAGAUACAGAAUGUAUUCAAGUUACAGAGAUUUGGUAAUUGAGAUUAAAUUCCAAGAUGCACAUGUUGCUCAGUCACCAUAUUUUUUAAAAGGCCAUGUGUACCACGAGUCCUGUAACUGUCCACAAGAAGAUGGAACCAAGUGGUACAAGGAUAUGCAGUGUCUUCUGUCUUUUCCACAGAUUCAACGAGAUUUGGCUCAUUUUCCUUUUGUGGAUCCAGAGCGAAAUGCUAUAGAAAUUGCAAAAAGAUUUGGCCAAAGACAAAGUCUAUGCCAUUACACAAUAAAAGAUAAUAAGGUUUAUGUGAAGACAUUUGGAGAACAUGUUGGCUUUCGGAUUUUCAUGGAUUCCAUUUUGUUAUCUCUGACACGGAAGGUAAAAUUACAAGAUGUAGAGUUCUUUGUCAAUCUUGGAGAUUGGCCUUUAGAAAAGAGAAAAAUGACUGAGAAGCUUCACCCUAUUUUCUCAUGGUGUGGGUCAGAAAAUACAAGAGAUAUUGUGAUGCCAACGUAUGAUAUUACUGAUUCAGUUCUAGAAACUAUGGGACGAGUAAGUCUGGAUAUGAUGUCCGUUCAGGCCAAUACUGGCCCUUCUUGGGAAAACAAAAAUCAUACUGCAUUUUGGAGAGGACGAGACAGCCGAAGAGAGCGCUUAGAACUUGUAAAACUCGGUAUCGAGCACCCUGACUUAAUUGAUGCUGCAUUCACAAAUUUUUUCUUUUUUCCCCAUAAUGAGAGCCUUUAUGGUCCAAUUGUAAAGCAUGUGUCAUUUUUUGACUUUUUCCAGUAUAAAUAUCAAAUCAACAUUGAUGGCACUGUGGCUGCCUACAGAAUGCCUUAUUUGCUAGCAGGAGAUAGUGUCAUUCUAAAGCAAGAUUCAGUCUACUACGAACACUUCUACAACGACCUGACACCAUGGGAACAUUACAUUCCAUUUAAGAGUGAUUUGAGUGAUCUUCUGGAUAAAAUUCAGUGGGCAAAAUCUCAUGAUAAAGAGGCCAAAAUGAUUGCAAAAGCUGGACAAGAAUAUGCUAGGAACAAUCUUAUGGCAGAUCACAUCUUCUGUUAUUACUUUAAACUUUUCCAAGAAUAUGCUGAUCUUCAAGUGAAUGAACCUAAGGUUAGGGACGGCAUGGACCUAGUGGACCAUCCAAAGGAUGACCUGUUCCCUUGUGUGUGUCAUAGAACAAAGUCUAGAGAUGAACUUUAACCCGAAAAGUCAAGAGGACAAUAGAACAACCGGGUUAUGCAAGCUAUUGGAUUCCAGUGUAAUUGCAUCAAUAUUCAUUCAAUAAUAUGCAAUUCAGGAACGUCCAGAGGAUCCUGUCCAGGCUGCUGCUAAAGUGCAUCCACUGAAGAAGAGGAUUUGAUGGCCUAUUGUAAAAAGGGUAUACCUCAUAGUUGCCACAAAACUGUUAUUCAGCUGCAUAAAGUAUUUGCUUAUUAAUCUAUAGCCACUGAAGUAGUUUAGUUGACUGAAAAAAGUAACGACAUGCUCUGUUCCAAACAUAACAAUAUCUUUAAGGUAUAUGUACCUGCUUACAUAUUAAAUAGGUGAGUAUGCCAGAAAAGGUUCAUGAAUUGGAAGACUAAAACUUCUUAAGGACAAUAUGUUUUCUAUUUUGUUUCCAGAGAUCCAUUUGUAAUUGGCUGCAUUGUUAUCCAUGCACGAUUACAUUUAAAAUAGACACCUGAAGGUUUGACAUUGGAUAGCUUAUUGGUUUGAUUGAAUUAGCUUCAAGUAAAUCAUGUGCGAGUGAGAGCUAUAUGCAUGUGCACAUUCUCAGUUUUUCUUAAGUGGGACAUUUUAAAGAUAUCCAGGUGUAUUAAUCCUAAGCACAAUUGAACAAAGAAAAAUGUAACCAUUGGUGCUUUUAUAAUAUUGUCACAAUAUUUGAUGUUAUGAAGUGGUUAGCUGAUUAUUAAUCUUUUUUAAAUAAAAGCAUAACUUUC